AUGGACAAGGAAGGAGGAACAAUUUCCAGACCGCCCCUACUGAUAGGGCCUGAGAACUAUGACUACUGGAAAGCUAAGAUGAUGGCUUUCUUAAAAUCCAUUGACAGCAGAACAUGGAAAGCUAUUGAAAAUGGCUGGGAGGCUCCAGUUGUUCUUGACAAAGACGGGAACAAGACAACUGAGGUUAAGGCAGUAAAGGACUACUCAAAGGAUGAGGAUGAACUAGCUCUUGGUAACUCAAAAGCUCUAAAUGCCAUCUUCAAUGGAGUGGACAUCAAUAUGUUCAGACUUGUUAAACGAUGCACUGUAGCAAAGAAUGCAUGGGAAAUACUAAGGAAAGCACAUGAAGGAACAAGCAAGGUAAAAUUGUCUAAACUUCAGAUGCUUCGUACAAACUUUGAAAACCUGUGUAUGAAGGAAGAAGAGACCAUUCAUGAUUUUCACAUGAAUAUUCUAGAAUUUGCAAACUCAUUUGAUGCGUUAGGAGAACCCAUAUCUGAUGAGAAGCUUGUAAGCAAAAUUCUCAGAUCUCUUCCUAAGAGGUUUGACAUGAAGGUAACAGCAAUAGAAGAGUCUCAAGACCUAGCAACUAUCCAAGUAGAUGAGCUAAUAGGAUCUCUUCAAACCUAUGAGCUAGGCAUGAAUCAAAGAAAAGAAAAGAAAAAUAAAAGUUUAGCUUUUGCCUCCAACACUGGAGAAGAUGAAGAAUCAGAUCUGGAGAGUGAUGAAAGUUUGUCAGAAGCAAUGGUCUUGCUAGGAAGGCAAUUCAACCGAGUCAUGAAAAGAAUGGACAAAAAGUCUAAGUUCAAUGUGCCAAGCAUCAAGCUCGACAUCAACAAACAGACCAAUGAUCAAAGAAGGGCUAGAAGUGAUGAGAAAAUCAGUCAGUCAGAAGGGGUCCAGUGUCAUGAAUGUGAAGGAUAUGGACACAUCAAAGCUGAAUGUCCUACCUUUCUGAAGAGACAAAGGAAAAGUCUGACUAUCACUUGGUCAGAUGAGGAUGACUCAGAGGAGGAAACUGAAAGUGGAUCUGCAAAACAUGUCAAUGCGUUGACAGGUGUGUGUGAAUCUGAUGCUGAAUCAUGUGAUGGAACAUCCUAUGAGGAACUGCUUACCACCUAUAAGGAUCUGUUCAUCAGAAGCAAUGAAGUUUACAAAGCGUUGGAAAAACAAAAGAAGGCGAAUUAUCAACUGCAGGCUGAGAAGAAUGAAUGUCUGGUAACAAUUGAUACUCUCAACAAAGAAAUUGAAAAACUGAAUGGUGACUUGGAGCAUGCUAGAAAACAAGUCAGAGUUUAUGGGUCAGGAGAAGAAAAAUUCCAAGCCAUGUUGUUGAAACAAAGUGCAGGAAAGAAACCAAUUGGCUUUGACUAUGAGAUUGUUGAUCAACAAAUGGGAUACAACAAAGCUACAAUCAGUACUCCCAUCGAGAAGACUUUUCCUGUCAGUGCUGGCUUUUUACCACCACAUCCUCCCACACACCAGGGAACCGACACUUGGUUAAAACCCAAACCUAAGCCUCCUGCACAGACCGGAUCGAUGCCUCAACAUCCUCCUCCACAUCGGAAUAAUUGGUCAAGACCUAAAUCUAGGAGAAGGAACUGGAGAUGUCACUAUUGUGGCAGGAAAGGGCACAUAAGGCCUUAUUGCUAUAAAUUGUAUGGUUACCCAAAGAAUUUCCGGUCACCUGCACCAAAACCAGAAAAUGUGAAGACUAAGAAAGAGUGGAAAGAAAAGGAGAAUGAUGGAGAGAUAAAAGGAAUUGGGAAUCUAAUCAACAAUGGAUUGCCAAAUCUAGAUAAUGUUCUAUUGGUGAAAGGCCUUACAACUAAUCUAAUCAGCAUUAGCCAGUUGUGUGAUCAAGGCAUGAAAGUAAACUUCACAAAGUCAGAAUGUCUUGUUACAAAUGAAGAAGGAAGACUCUUGAUGAAGGGUGUGAUGUCAAAGGACAACUGCUACUUAUGGGUCUCUGAAGAAGAAAACCACUUGUCCACUUGUCUCUUAAGCAAAGAGGAUAAAGUGAAGCCGUGGCAUCAAGAAAUUGGUCACUUACAUCUGAGAGGUUUGAAGAAGGUCAUAGCAGAAGAAGCAAUCAGGGGGAAUCCAAAGCUCAAGAUUGAGGAAGGAACUAUAUGUGGUGAGUGCCAAAUAGGCAAGCAAACCAUGGUGGCACAUCCGAGGCUCCAACAUCCGGUUACAUCUAGAGCACUUGAACUAUUACACAUAGAUCUGAUGGGACCUAUGCAGACUGAAAGUCUUUGUGGUAAAAGAGAAAAAGAGGUUGUUAUUGUAAGAAUAAGAAGUGAUCAUGGCAAAGAAUUUGAGAAUGCAAAAUUCUUUGAUUUAUGUGCAUCAGAAGGAAUUUUUCUUGGAUACUCCACAAACAACAGAGCUUACAGAGUUUAUAACUCUAGAACUAAAGUUACCAUGGAAUCAAUCAAUGUGGUAGUUGAUGAUGCACCAUCAACUAAAACAGCAGAUGUUGAAUCAUCCAUUCAACAGUCAUAUGAUAUUGUAUUUGAUGAAGUUUCAGGUUCUAACAAUGAAUCUACUAAUCCUAAAUCAGAACCUGCCCGUGUCAACAAAGUCCCAUUCAUCAGGGAUUUAGUAGAGGAAAAUAUUGUGAAGUUGGAGCAUGUUGCUACAGAGGAACAGGUGGCUGACAUUUUCACUAAAGCAUUGGAUGCAACACAAUUUGAAAGGCUCAGGGGCAAAUUAGGAAUUUGCCUGCAUGAGGAGUUAUAG